CUUGCCUUUCUUUCUCAUUUUUUUUUUAUUUUAUUUUUCUUUCUUUUAUUGUUUAUCCUUUUGUAUUCUUUAUUGAAGGAGUAUUUAGAUAUAUAAAAUGGGUGCUAGACUCUCAAUACAUAGCACUAAACAAAAACGAUCAUCACAGCGGUCUUCAACUGGAAAACAUCAUCCACUAGAAAAUUUAUCUCGAACUAAUAGUGAGCAUACAGUUUCCUCUUCGUCUUGUAUUCAUCAUGGAAGAAGUUAUCACGAUACAUCAUCUUCUUAUUGGUUACCAAAUGAUGAUGAAGAAAACGACCGAUUAACAGCCCAACAUUUUGCAAUCAAAGCAUUAUUUAAUGGGAAUAUCAGUCCAUCUGUCAAAAAACUUGUUCCUUUUGAAUCUGGUGCUUAUAUAUUAGAUGUUGGAUGUGCUUCAGGAACAUGGAUGUUAGAUAUGGCCACAGAAUACCCAGCAAGUCAUUUUAUGGGCAUUGAUAUAUGUGAUACAUUUCCUAAUAGUAUACGACCACCCAAUGUAGAUUUCAAAUUAGCCAAUUUAACAGCUGGAUUACCAUUUCCAGAUAAUACCUUUGAUUUAGUCAACGUUCGACUUUUCAUUUUAGCACUCAAGCAAGACGAAUGGUGGUAUAUUUUGAAAGAAAUACAACGUGUAUUAAAACCAGAUGGAUGUCUUCAAUCUGUUGAAUGUGGUAUGCUUGAAGGAGGCACUGAUUUCAUGCGUUGGGCUGGUUCCACAUUUGAAAAGGUGAUUAUAGCCAGAGGACAAGAACCAUGGAUAUCGAAAAAGAUGCCAUCGAUGAUCAAUGAAUUACCAGGAUACCAAUUAAUAGAUACUGAAAGAAAGAUGGUACCAUUGGGAGAAGAUAGUGAUUCUGUAUGUAAGGAUUUCAACUAUGAUGCAGUAAUGAUUUUUAAAGCAGCACAACCAUUUUUGAUGGAAAGUCUGGGUUUAACUUCCGAGACUUAUCCUGCGUUUCUGGAUCAACUGAUGAUUGAACUUAAAAAGAAACCUUGGACCCUUUGGUCUUUUACUUAUUGUAUAGCUCAAAAAAGAAAAGAAACUAUAAUGUAGAUAAAUAAAAGUAGAGAUGAUUCUUUUUCUUUU